AUUUAUUCACUUACCUUAUAUUACUAAUCUUGGUUAUAUUUUGAAAUAUUUUUUAUAACAAUUCUUAUAAUUAUAAAAACGUAAUUAAACCAUAGGGUAUAUAAAUUAUAAUGAAGGGUAUAUGAAUCUUUUACUUAAAUAGAAUACACAUAUAAAAUGCGAGACAGUGAAGAAUUUAAACUCGUAACUAAUCGAAAGAAACGUGCACCUAAGAUUCGAACUAUAUGCCAUUCAAGUACAUUUUUAUCUACUAACAAUGACAAUGAUGGCGAUCACAACAUUAAUUACGAAACAGUUUUUGGAAAAUUACUAAAGGCUGAAAUUGAACUGAAAAAUUCAUCAUUUGCUGAUAAUGUUUUUCAUUAUUUGAAAGAUUCAUUAAAAGCUUUAGAUGGCAAUGGUAUUUCUGAUAUAGUGUGCUAUGGUUUGGGUCAUUUUUUUAAUCGCAGAUCUUCUAAAUAUCAAUUAGCACUACUUUUGUUUUUAAAAAAACAUUUUAAUCCUCAAAUUUAUGUAUAUGAUCCGAUUUUUUCUUCCAAAGAAAUUGAGUUUCUAAAAAAACUUGAUUUCAAUGUUAUAAAAAUUAAUGAAGAAGGCAAACGCAUUAUAUGUGAUAAUAUUACUUUAGUAUAUAUGCCACAUUGUUCAGUACAUUUAAUUAAUAAUUUCCUUUAUGCUAAUUGGUGUAAAAAGUUAAAUAAAUGCAUUCUUUUAACAAACAGUUUUUCAAUUGUGGCAGAUAAUUUCAGAAAAACAAAUAAAUCUAGUCCUAUUGAUUAUAUCUUGCGUAUACAACCAUAUGUAACAGAAAUUGUUUUACAAAAUAAUUUCAUAUACGAAGAAGUAUUUAAUGAUUUAAAUAUUCAUAUAUUUCUUGAACAAAAUAUUAGUAAAAUUCCUCAAAGUUUUUGGAACGAACAAGAAAAACCUUGCUAUCAAGAUAUUGAAAUUGAUUAUUUAACUGCUAAACAAACUGAAGAAAUAGAUGCUAAGAAUUUAUUAGAAGAAAGAUGAAACCAAACGCAAAAUUGCUUCGUUCGCUCAUACAAGAAAUUCGACGAACGUCAUCAGAACAAAAAGCAAAAAAUAAUAUUAUGAUACAGUAUGUUUUGGAACAAGCAAAAUCUCAUCGAGAAACUUCUGAAGUCUUGUGCAAAGCACGAGAAGAAUUAAAAAAUUUAGCAGAAACGUAUCUUUGUUACCUAAAUUCUCAGCGUAUGUGUAAAGAAAUUAAAAUCCGAUAUGCUGGUAAAGGUGAACGAAGUAUUAAAGAAACUGCAGAUCUCGUUGGAUUUAAAUUACCUCAUGAUCCGAAAUAAAUUCGGAUUUAAACAAUAAUUAGAUUAAUAUAGAUUUAUUAAUAAACAAAAUAGUAAAAAAUGAAACAAUUACAAAAAAGUAUAAAAAGUACUGUUAAAAAAUAUAAAAUAAAUCUUAAUUAAUUAUAAUAUUUAUGAAUAUUCUUUACGAAUACAUUUGGCUAUUGUUGAUAAUUGCAUAUUACUGGUUCCUUCAUAAAUCGUACCGAUUUUCGAAUCUCUGAAAUAUUUUUCUUGGGGAAAAUCAGUUGUAAAUCCUACUCCACCCAUAAAGUCAAUACAUUUUGCAGUAACACGCAAAGCCGUUUCUAUAUUGGAAAAAAUACAUAAAUUUUAUAUUUAUUUUUAUUGGUUAUAAGGUUUCGUAAAAAAAAAAUAAAUAAAUAAAAUAUUAAUUAUAAUAUUAAUUACCCGAUGCAACGAAUUUCGCCAUAGCAGCCUCUUUCAUUACAUCUUUUUUUAUAUCGACUAAUCUGGCUGCAUUGUAAACCAAUAAUCUGGCAGAUUCAAGUUCAGUAACUACUUGUGCGAUUUGAUGUUGCAUAGACUAGAAACAAAUAAAAUAAUAAAAAAUA